ACGGUGUGCUAGACUUGACUAUCAGAUCGCAUCUGAAUCAUAAAUUUGAAUGCUCUGUAACCGAUCAACCAGGCUCGGCUAGGUUGACGUAUAAUUUCGUCAGGCGUACUGUUUGGGCAUACCGAUGAUUUUCGUCACUACCACAGCCUCCGCAGCAGUUUGCCUCAGAAAUCGUAAUUGAAAUGAAUGAUUGGAAUGUGCAGGUACAGGAAACACCUAAUCUACAUGGUGAUAAUGUUACUUCUAAAAGGCCUCACAAGCAAGCCGCAUGCUUAAGCUGUCGACGUACCAAGACUCGUUGUGUUCGUGAACCUCCUAAUAUCAAUUGCCAAAGAUGUCGUCAGAACAAUACGGAAUGUCUGGUACCAGAUUAUCAUGUUGGAAGACGAAAAGGAAUCAAGAACAAACGGAGUGGAUUAGAUAAAGCUGUCCAUCAGCUUGAACAGGCCAUGAAAAACUCCAGGAAUGACAAUGUACCCCAGGAAGAACAACGACGUCUACAGUUUCUUCUCUCCGAGGCUGAGAAUCUGGUUUCUGGAAGUACUGACAAGAGUUCCACGCAGCUUGUGGAGCAACCAGGCCCUCGAGAUGACAUGAAUAGUGGGUUACCAGAAGCUGCAGAUAUAUCUUUAUCCAGGGCUCACGAGUCAAUUGCUCAAAUCGAGAUGGGAAAUGUUGCUUUGGAUGAUGCCGAGAAUCCACUGCAGCUCCUGGCUCGGGCAUCAGAUCUUGCAGAUACUGCAACCAAGCAACUACAUAUGCCUCCUCCGUUAGUAGAAACAGGAGAGCUUCGUCGAUUCUUUGGACCCUUUCAACCACGGCUUGACGUUGGAAGUGAUAUCGAUCCUAUCGAUAUUGGUUUGGUGACUCAUGAGGAAGUGACUCUGCUUAUAAAAUAUUUCUAUGCAAAUCUAUCACAUACAAGAUGGGGCCUUGAUCCUUCUGUUCAUACGGCAGAAUUUGUGCGCUCAAGAUCUGCGUUCCUCAUGACUUCAAUGUUAGCUGCAUCUGCACUUUUCAUUCCUUCAGGAGAGGCGCUAUCGAAGCGUCUUUCCAAGCACAGCAAACACCUUGCUCACUAUGUGACAUCAAAGAGGUAUAGAUCACCAGAAAUUGUUCUCGCAUUCAUGGUCAAUAUUCCAUGGAUGUUACCAGAAGAGCAUUGGGCUGAUGAUGAGACUUGUUCUUACAUGGCAAUGGCCCACUCUAUAGCCCUCGAUGUAUCUCUAAAUAAGAUCAUCGUCCAGAAUACAAUCAAUCUUCAAAUCACCAUUCCAAAGUCAGACUGCAUGACUGCAAGGAAAGCUCUCGAUAUGGACGGUUUUAUUGAAGUCGACCCUGUGACGCGAUGGGGUCAGAAACUAAUUCGCCGGCGUGAAAGAGUAUGGCUUGCUUUAUUUAAUCUUGAUAGAGGCGUAUGCUUAGCACGAGGAAGAGCUUUUACCGUUCAAAUAUCUCACUUCAUUGCAACUUGUGAUGCUUGGCAUAAUUCUAAUCUCGCUGAUACGUGGGAUGGAUCAAUUGUAGCUUCAUCUGUUUUACGGCGAGAUAUUGCUAAAAUAAUCACUUGCAUAAAAGAUACCUGCGAUAAGACUGCAUCCACAGUAUUGGAAGGCCAUGAUAUUGCUCAGACUCUUCGACAAACAAUCGAUGGCUUUUUCGAUCACUGGUAUUCAACCUGGACCCCAGAGAUAGGGAGAAACAAAGACCUCCGCCUACCUCCUUAUGUAGAAAUCCUCGUUUCUCACACCCGUCUUGCUAUAUACAGUAAUGUCCUUAAUUACCCUACCCAAUUUUCGGCUGUCUCUUCUUACUUUCGUUCUGCUGGUCUGUCAUCUGCCUUAAAUGUUAUGAGAGCUGCUGUUCAGGGAGAACCUCUUCUCAAGUCCAUGCCCAAUAAUACAGCAAUUAUGGUAUCAUUUUCAGCAUGUUUUGCACUUCACUUGUCCACGAUGACUGCGAACAAGAAUUCCGGUCUAAGAGAAAGCAUCAACGUUUUGAUCGAGGAAACUGCAGAUGUUUUAGAGAGGAUAGGAAAUAUCACGCCCCAUAGAAAAGGGAGUUCGGCUUUAUACGGUAGACACUUGAAAGAAAUAAUUCGGAAUUCCGCAGCAUGGCGAAGAACUGCUCCAUCUGGUCUAUCUGUUCUCGAUUGUGAACAAGUAGGACGUGAUACUGUCCAGGAGGCGCAGGAACCAAGAUUAGAACCUGGAUUCAUCGAGCCGCUUCAAUUCUCUACUAUGUCAGAUCAUCAGAUUGUGGAAUUAUUCGAUAAUGAAGAAGUGACUCUUGGGAUUAAUCCAACGAACUUACAGCUAGGUGAUACGACGGGUAUGGAAUGGCUGGAUUGGUUCGAUUUUUAUGGAACAGUUCAGAAUCAAUAACAUUUUCAUUAUAGACUAUUUGAGUCAUUUUGAAAUGACUCACAGUUGCUGUCUAAUGUGCACAAGAGAGAGAGUAACAUGUCACUCUCCGUACCGUUACCUAAAUCGGGAAAAUAUUUCUUGAUUGAGCCCCUCCCCCCAACACAGUUUCCAAUCAAGCAAUUUUCAUCUUUCCAUAGAGUUGAGACUCGCCCUUUCCAGGAACAAUAACGAACCGGACUAUUCUAAAAUCACACGAGCUUAAAGCAAGAGUAGAAAACCACCCCAUCACCACACCUCUCAUGACUCCAUUUCUACAAAGUAACAAGAACACGAUGAUUAUCCACCAGCUACUUUUAUCACAUCAACCUGCGACAUAACACCCUAAAUCGCUUAGGCAAGCUAUUCAGGGGCGAGUAUUGAAUCGCCAUCUAUUAGCGAUAGAGUAGAUGGUAGGGUAGAGGAAAGAGACGAAAUAUCGAAGUACUUACUUUAUAGUAUCCGGCUCCUCAGAGGAUGAAGCAGAAAGAUAGUGAAAAGUUACUUUUACAACGGGCUUGCAGGAUGAAAAAUUCGUAUAUCGCAAUUCGGUCGGGGAAUGUUCAGGUAUAUUUUGAGGGUAGAUCAAAGCUUGCAUGUUCUACUCAUCUUUAUGUACCGAUUUCUGGCAAGAAUACAGUAAUACCGUGCAGAGACGGAAAGGUUAAAGAACUGCUCGAGAUCACUGGAGGGUGUUCGAAUAUGGAGUUUAUUUGAUUCGUGAUCGCUGGAUAGAAUUUGCGGACGGAAAUU